ACCACGGGCAGCGGGGGCGCCGCAUCACGCAGCAUCCACCCGUGUUUAUUUUUAGAAGCUCCCGUUCCACCGUCGUUCAGCACACAUCAUGUUCCUGCAAUAAUUCAUGUGUUUGCAGGCCUGUUUCACAGCCGAACCGAGCAGAAAGGACCUGAACAACACGUCCGUCCUGAAACUGCCAACUAAUAAGCAUUCGUCUCCAAAACAAUCAGUACCUCCAAGGAUAAGUCCAAGUGUCUCAUUGGUGCCUUGACUUGCAAACUGGUCCAAACUGGUGCCGCCAUGUUCACAGAGUACCAGGCCAGUUUCCGACUUCCCAGGAAGUACACCACCAUCACGUUCACCUCAAAACAGAAGAACCUUUGCCACCAACAAAGGGGCACGGGUGCCAAUAUCGCUUUGUUCAGACGGAAGCAAAUCUUCAAACAACAAACAAGCAAUCCACCAAAGUCUGGAAGGCCACCAGUCCCACCUAAAAAUCAAACUGGAACUGCAGGGAAGCUUACACACACCACAGUGACCAAGACUGUGUGCGAGACGGACUACACAACUGUGUACCAAAAUGAUUUCCAAGCUUGGAUACCAGACAAGCUGCAGCCUUUUCGACCGAAAGACAGCAUAAGAAUUGACAACUGGUUAAGUGAGACAGGCCGUUCUAAAGGAGGAAAGAACAACUCUGCAGCGAACGAACAGCGAAAACCUUUCGAGAGCAUCACCACCUAUAGAAGGGAUUAUGUCCCUCACCCAGUGCAGCCCAGGCGUAACAAGGUCUUCAAUCAGAGUCGCGAAGUGCUGCCAGAGACUUAUGCUCCAAACCAAGAACAUCUUGACUUCUUCCAGCAAUUCGAGACCUGGUCAAUUGGAACAGAGGAUCUCAACCCACCAGCAGUAAGGACGUUCCACAUCCCAAAAUAUAAAGAACCAUACUGCCAAGGCUUCCAAAAAAAUCUGUCCACAAGGAAAAUUCAUGAGAAAAAACCAGAAUCUCAAGAGGUUAGAAAAGCCCUGGAGUGGUCCUGCAACGACACAUCUUCUGAGACAAAGACCCCACAUUCAAAAAGGAUCAGGAGAGCAGCCAGCAAGGGCUGCUGUGACGGCAUGGAGAGGAAUCAAAAUCCUGCUGGGAACCUGGGGUUCCCUGCCUUUAAAUGCUCAUCCUGUAUGGUCUGGUCCGGCCCGUUGAUGGAAGAAAUGAGCUGGUGUUCACUGAGCCACACCUAACCUCUGGUACCUUCUACCUUUGGAACGAUAAAUGUGCAAAAUAAGCAAG